CCGAAAACAACAUUCACGACCUUUGUGCGGGAAAUUUCGUUUGGUGUCGGAGGCAAAAUUAAUCAGAUUAUCCUGUAUUUUUACAACAUAUACGCUUGCAAACAGCGCCCCGGUAUCGUAAAACUGAAGUACUUUCCCUGGUAGCGUCCAUCAUGACCGCAAUUUCCAGUUUGCAGAACUUUGUCGCCGAUGCACUCGAUUGCACCAGGUUCAGGUUGGUUCGCGAUGAGCGGGAUAUCGAAGACGAAUCGAUUGCGUUCCAUCCGGAUAUGGCCCAUCAAAUCUUUGGGGAACAUGAGAGCAUCUUUGGGUAUCGGGAUUUGCAGGUUGACGUUUGCUUCGUGGCCAGUUCGCUGGAUAUCUAUUUCAACAUCAAAUACUCGAAGAAGGUUGAUGAUGUUUAUUCGGAUGGAGUAAAGGCAGAUGACGUCGAAAAAGCUCUCGCUACCCUAGUGGAAGAUGGCUGCUAUUAUACCAAUCUCGAAGAGUACAAGAAAGUUGUGAAAGCAAAAACCGAAAGUUUUAAACCAUUCGGAGAGAAGGUAGACGAGUUUGAAAUAAGUUCAGGAACCUCGGAUGGUAGCACCCGUACUUUCGAGGUGUAUGUGAGUGACGUCACUGAUAAGGAAUUCCUCAAAUUUCAUUCUCGGCUGGAGUCGUUUUCUUUCUGGUUCAUCGAUGCCUUCAGCAGAGUGGAACACGAACCCUUGUGGAUGUUCUUUAUGGUGUAUGAAAAGUACUCAAACAACAAUAAUGAAACUCGUUACGCCACCGCUGGGUAUUUCACAGUCUAUCAGUAUUUUUCGUAUCCGCAGUUUAUAAGACCAAGAGUAAGUCAGAUUCUUGUGCUGCCUCCUUUCCAAAAGCUCGGAAUUGCUUCGAGACUGAUUGAAGAAACUGUAUUCAAACACUUCGUUCCGAAGGAGAACGUUGCCGACAUCACCUAUGAACAACCGACCGAUAUUAUCCAGCAUAUUCGUUCGGUGGCGGAUACAAAACGCUGUAUGACGCUGCCGUCAUUUGCCGAGAACAAACUACUGGCUGGAUUUUCGAAGAAUAUGCUCAGAGAAGCGAAGGAAAAGUUCAAGAUCAAUCCCAAACAGUGUCGUGUCAUCUACGAAAUUCUGCGCUUGGGGGCUAUUGAUAUGAAGAACGAGGUGGAGUAUCGUAAAUAUCGGGUGGAGGUGAAGAAACGAUUGAAUGUCAAUGACAGCCGGAAUCGUCGUGAGUUGUUGCGACUUCAGAAGAAAGGAGUUGAUGUUAGUGGAGCGUUCAGCAUUUUGCCAUCUCUGGAGGAUAGGAUUGAACAGCUGCAUGCGGCUUACAAGGAAGUGGAAAAAGUCUACCUUCAGGUGCUGAAGAAAGUACAAUCCAUUAAUAAGUAAAUCUUCUGGGAGCAUCCGUUGCAUCAUCACUAUUUUUACCUCUUUUCCUUGAAGGAGUCCGUCAUACUUCAUUUGUUUCGUUUGUACCAGAAAUCAUUUGUUUU